AUGCCGCCGUUGAUGUUAGCGAGUGAGCACAGAGCCUCGGAACUUCCAGCGGAUUUCUUGGAAGCUUUCCCCACGAUGGUACGUGACGUCAGUCUCCGCGGCGACAUACGUCUCCCGCCCAUCACGCCGCAGCAGCAAGGUGCACUUUUCGCUCUGGCGGCCAAAUAUGGCUCCGCAUGCAGUCUUGUCAUGGAUGGCGAGGGGAAGUUUCAUUUGCGAAACGGCUCUUCCAGUCCUCAUUUGCAGGAAAAGCUGGCCGAAGAGCUGCGUUAUCUGCAUGAUGAAGGGGAAAAGUCCCCUGAGGAAGAUCCUCUUGUGUUGCACUGGGCAUUUACGGACCGCAAUGUACAUCGAGAGGUGGUGACAAUGUUACAGCUUCUAGCUUACGAUAUGGGCAUAUUCCUUGGUGAGCAGCUCUUUGACGGGGUUUAUAUUUACCGCGUGGAGGUUGCACUUCGGUAUCUUCCGCAGUGGGAGGCGGAGCGGCGCAAACUCAUAGAUUCAUCUCUUCAGGGGGAAGCAGAUCCCUUUCCAAUCCCUGUCUUGGCGAUGAAAGAUGAAGGUAUAAUGGAUACAUAUAGGAAGUUUAUUCGACCGUUCUUGUAUGAAUGGGAUUUCGCCACCACACGAUGCGAGGUAAACCUCAAUCGGGAACCCACGGGACAAAUACCAAAGGAAGCACGGUCUUUAGGCUCCCUAUUUUCUUUGCGGCAUGAAGUUGAUUCGUCAGGAAAGAUCUUUUUUAGACGUUGGACACGGCAUCUUUUGCAUGUUUUUUUCAAGUAUGCGGAGGAGCUCAGGGCGCAGAUAGC